AUGGCGGCUGUGGUAGCUGCACGAGCAGUUCCUGUGGGUCCUGGACUCCGGGGCCUGCAGCGGACACUGCCUCUUGUAGUGAUUCUCGGGGCCACGGGUACUGGCAAGUCCACCCUGGCAUUGCAGCUAGGCCAGCGGCUAGGUGGCGAGAUCGUCAGCGCUGAUUCCAUGCAGGUCUAUGAAGGCCUGGACAUCAUCACCAACAAGGUUUCUGCCCAAGAGCAGAGAAUCUGCCAGCACCACAUGAUCAGCUUUGUGGAUCCUCUUGUGACGAAUUACACAGUGGUGGACUUCAGGAACAAAGCAACUGCUCUGAUUGAAGAUAUCUUUGCCCGAGACAAAAUUCCUAUUGUCGUGGGAGGAACCAAUUAUUACAUUGAAUCUCUGCUCUGGAAAGUUCUUGUCAAUACUAAGUCCCAGGAGAUGGGCACUGAGAAAGCGGUUGACCGGAAAGUAGAGCUGGAGAAGGAGGAUGGCCGUGUGCUCCACAGACGCCUGAGCCAGGUGGACCCAGAAAUGGCCGCCAGGCUGCACCCACAUGACAAGCGCAAAGUGGCCAGGAGCUUGCAAGUGUUUGAAGAAACGGGAAUUUCUCAUAGUGAAUUUCUUCAUCGUCAGCAUGCAGAGGACGGUGGUGGUCCCCUUGGAGGCCCUCUGAAGUUUCCUAACCCUUGCAUCCUCUGGCUUCAUGCUGACCAGACAGUUCUAGAUGAGCGCUUGGAUAAGAGGGUGGAUGACAUGCUUGCUGCUGGGCUCUUGGAGGAACUAAGAGAUUUUCACAAACGCUAUAAUCAGAAGAUUGUUUCAGAAAAUAGCCAGGACUAUCAACAUGGUAUCUUCCAAUCAAUUGGCUUCAAGGAAUUUCACGAGUACCUGAUCACUGAGGGAAAAUGCACACCAGAGACUAGUAACCAGCUUCUAAAGAAAGGUAUCGAGGCUUUGAAACAAGUAACUAAGAGAUAUGCCCGGAAGCAAAACCGGUGGGUUAAAAACCGAUUUUUGAACAGACCUGGUCCCAGUGUACCCCCUGUAUAUGGCUUAGAGGUAUCUGAUGUCUCAAAGUGGGAGGAAUCCGUUCUUGAACCUGCUCUUGAAAUUGUGCAAAGUUUCAUCCAGGGCCACAAGCCUGCAGCCACUCCACUAAAGAUGCCAUACAGUGAAACUGAAAACAAGAGAAGUUAUCACGUGUGUGACCUCUGUGAUCGAAUCAUCAUCGGGGACCGUGAAUGGGCAGCACAUAUAAAGUCCAAAUCCCACUUGCACCAACUAAAGAAAAGAAGAAGAUUGGACUCGGAUGCUGUCAACACCGUAGAAAAUCAGAGUAUUUCCCCAGACUGUGUCAAAGAACCUAAAGAGAAGGGAUCCCCAGGGAAGAAUGAUCAAGAGCUGAAAUCUAGCAUUUAAGAGACACGUUCAGGCCUUUGGAAAGGUAGUGGGGAUCUAGUUAAGGAGGGGCAUGUCUGUCUCCCAGUCUGGGCUAAGGAGUGCUAUGUGAAAAGCUUCCACCAUUUUCUUUCAUUCAGUGGUGUAGUUUUAAAGUUUCACAUGCUGGGCUAGCCAGUUAGCUCAGUUGGUUAGAGUGCAGCCUUGUAACACCAAGGUCACAGGUUCGGAUCCCUGCAUUGGCCAGCCAUCAGUAAACACACACAUAUAUAUAAAAAAUAACGUUUCAUGUUCUCUGUAAAGGGAACAGCAGGCCUUGUCAGCUCCUGUGUGGCUAAUGUAUCUAGUAAUGAUGUAGUUCAGGAAAGGACUUUUUUUCUUUGAACCUUUAAGGUUCUAUUCUAAAAAGAGGCACAGACUGCACAUUUUUAUGUUUGAGGACCUUUUUAGUGGUAAAUACCAAGAUUCACUACAUCCUUUAAAAGAAGUUUAUGUCCCUGACUCUGGAUAAAAAUAAUCUAAUUUCCAGAUGCUUUUGUGGAUGACUGAAGUUUGUGAGCCAUAAAUCAGGAGUUCUGGAUUUGAGUGAAUGGCAGGAAAGGACCAGCCCAGAGAGAUGAGUGAGUGAACCAAACCAGUUCUUGGAAUUCCACAGAGAAGGAGGGAAUCGGACUGAAGUGGUUGUGACACGGGACUUGAAGACUAAAGACUGAAAUUUUUUCAACUGCUCCUAUGUGAUAAUUACUAUCACUGCUGUCUUUCUAUUGUGUGAAGAAGCUAUACCCCACCCCGCAAGAAUCUGUAUUUUUAUUGAAAGUUAAAUAAAGAAAAAGUUUGCAAGAGCCUCUUUGAUCCCUAAAAUGGUAUAUAAUAUCUACAUCUAGUUUAUACACAAUAUGCUCUGUUAUCAACACGAUAGCUUUUUCUCAAAAAGAAAUUUUUUUUAAAGAUCUCAGUUGCUUUAUUGUGAUUCUAGGGUCGG